AUGGCAGAAGAGGAAGAUAGCAAUGCCUCCACUCCGCGGUCCUUCGCCGGCCAGAGCGUCUCGGCGGAGGAGAUGCUCAAAGAGCAGACAGUCGGUCUCGUUCAUCUCUCGGACUUUCGCAAGCGACGCGCAGAGGUUCUCGAGCAGAAGGAGCGCGAAGCGCAUGACAAAACCCUCGGCCGACUCGCAUCCGGUAAUUCAAAAAGCGCAACCCCCUCUGCAGGUGACACGACUGACGGGUCAGCGUCUCCCCGGAGUGACACUCCCCCGAAGAAAAAGAAGAAGAAGGCUCUGGCUAAGAGUAAGCUCUCUUUCGGCGACGAUCAAGACGAGACGGAAGAGGCAACAGCACGCGAUUCGAGCGUUUCACGAUCAGGUUCAAAAACACCCGGCGAGGAAAGCGCUGCGCGACGCAUGAAGGCAAACCCGAGUGCACCCCCUCCACCCAAGGCUUUAACAAAGGCAUCACUGGAAGCUGAAGCGCUGGCUCGCGACAACCUCCGCAAGGAAUUCUUGGCCAUGCAAGAGGCUGUAAAGAAUACCGAAAUUCUCAUUCCGUUCGUCUUUUACGAUGGCACGAGUAUACCGGCUGGCGCAGUCAAAGUGAAGAAGGGUGAUCAUGUCUGGUUGUUCCUGGAUCGAUGUCGCAAGGUUGGUGCAGAGAUGGGCGUUCGAGGUGCCAAUGGCGCAUCAAGCGCAAAGAAAGACAACAGACGAGAGUGGGCUCGCGUCAGCGUUGAUGACUUGAUGCUUGUCAAGGGUGAUAUCAUUGUCCCUCACCAUUAUGAAUUCUACUACUUCAUCGCCAAUCAGAUACCCAGCUUCUCCCGUGCUGGCGGUCUCCUUUUCGAUUACUCCACUAAACCCCCAGUCACCAGUCCGAAUGAAGAACAAAGUGACGAUCAACUGGAGGGUGCCGACAAAGAUUUCUCAGAUACCAAGGUCGUAGAUCGACGGUGGUAUGAGAAAAAUAAGCACAUAUACCCGGCUAGUCUCUGGCACGAGUAUGAGCCUGGAAAGGAAUUUGAGGAGAAGAUGACUUCCACAAGGCGUGAUGCUCAAGGGAAUACAUUCUUUUUCUAG